AUGUCAAUUAAACAGCAAAAUUUAUCAGAGUUUGUGAAUAUAUUUUCAUUAGGGACAUUUUUACCUUGUUCAUCAUUAUCAGAAUCUCUAACUACUAUACCUUCAAAAAUACCACUAAUUACAUAUCAUCAAUGUCCAUAUAAAACAGCAUAUGUGAACUCAAAGCAGCAAAUUCCAUAUUCCGCUUGUAUAUAUAGAACAAUAGACAUAUUCAAAUGGAAGGCUAGGUCAAACCUUUCAACAAAAAAUGAAGAUCUAGUAUCUAGCGAUAUGUUGCAACUCUACGAAACUCUUUUGCCAUCUAAAAAUAAUAAUCGCUGGACAAAAUUUCUAAAAAAAUUAACUACUAUUCUUCAAAAAAAGUUGUCCAACAAAAAAAUAACUGUACAAGCAUUCGGUUCUACAGUAAAUAAGCCCUAUACUAGCGAAUCUGAUAUGGAUGUUUGUAUAACAAUAGAAAAAGAACUUGCUAAUUUUAUAUUUAUCUUAUUAAAUGGCAUGGAAAGAGUUAUAUGCGUAUCUCGUGCCAAAGUUCCAAUAGUAAAAAUAUGGGAUCCUAAACUGUGA